CUGAAAUCCAGUCAUUUGAGCGCCAGUCUUCGAAAUAACCCAAAUUCUACCAAAAACAAACAUUCUUUAUUGUGUUCUGUGCACUGGAAGCAGAAGUCGUAUUCAGGUGAGAGUGUUGAGAGGUACAUGGUUCAUGUUGAGUAGACUCAGUCGUGUGUUUUCUGUAGGAUCAGUCAGGCGCAGUCUAAGUUCUGUCAGCAUGCGUCUGGUUCAGUUCAGCCGACCUGGAGAAGAGGGGGUGGUAAGGGUCGGAGUGGAGGCAGAGCGAGGCAACGGCAUCGUCGAUCUAAAAGAGUUCGAUCCCUCGAUGCCUUCCAGCAUGAGAGAGUUUCUGGAGCUGGGGGAGAAGGGCAUGGAGGCUGCUCACAGAGCGAUGUCCAGUGACCAGCGAGUGAUCCCUCACUCCAGCAUUCGGCUGCUGGCUCCAGUGACCAGACCCGAUAAGGUGGUGUGUGUGGGGAUGAACUACAAAGAUCACUGUCUGGAACAGAACGCCCCCAUUCCCAAAGAACCCAUCAUCUUCAGCAAGUUCCCCUCGGCCAUCACCGGCCCCUACGACAACAUCAUCCUGCCCAACAUGAGCCAGGAGGUAGACUGGGAGGUGGAACUGGCCUUUAUCAUCGGGAAAAAAGGAAAAGAUAUAAAGGAGGAAGAGGCUAUGUCUUACAUCGCUGGAUUCACCAUAGCCAACGACGUCAGCGCUCGUGACUGGCAAAUGAGACGAAACGGGAAGCAGUGGAUUCUGGGAAAAACCUUCGACACGUUCUGUCCGCUGGGUUCUGCCCUCGUUACCACGUCAGCGCUGAAGGAUGUGCACAACCUGGGAAUCCGGUGCCUGGUUAAUGGUGAGGUGAUGCAGGACAGCAACACCAACCAACUCAUCUUCAAGACGGAGAAGCUGGUGGCGUGGGUCUCACAGUUUGUGACUCUGUACCCGGGUGACGUGUUCCUAACAGGCACUCCUCCGGGGGUGGGUGUGUUCAGGAAUCCAGCCGUCUUCCUAAAGAGAGGAGACGUGGUGGAGUGUCAGAUCGACGGGAUCGGAUCCAUCAGAAACACGGUGGUUUAACUCCAGCAUGAACGUCUGAACGUGGCUGAUCUACUCAGAUGAAUGAAUGAUUGUAAUCUGAUGAAUAUCCACAGUGAGCACUUCGAAGAUUUUCGCCUCACCCCAACACUGAGCCCUGAGAACCUGGUUCCUUCUGUUGCUUGCAAGGGUUACAUGUGGAUAUUCUGCUUACCCUUUCAACAGCAUGCAGAGGGUGAAUUGGCCAGUCUAAAUUACCCUCAAGUGUGAGUGUGUGUUAGCCUGUGAGGGCCGGGCGUCCGGUCCAGUGUUUCUAGUAGCCUCUGUACACAAAGCGUCCCUGACCAGGGAGCAGUACAUAACAAAAAUGACUCCAAUGUGUAAACAUGGCGUUAAACAACAAACAAACAGUAAUCAAAAUGACUAACAAAUAAACACAUGAACGAUUUUUCUGUAGGUAACUUUACCCUGUAGUUCCUGUAAAGUUCCAGAAGAUGGUGUACUACUGCUGUCCAGUUAUUCAAGGAAUUUGAUUUUGGGUUUGAUUUCAAAUCACUCACAAACUAAAUAAAAAUGAUUAAAGAAA